UGGACUUUGUAAGAUUCCUUACCUUCCCCAAUCUCCCACAUGUGCUUUGCAUGCAGUACGGGACUUUCGAAAACACUCCCACCCUAUAGCACCAAGGACUUGAAGCAAUGGGCGAAGCAACAAAACUUGAGGGCCACCAUAACCACCUGCACAGGCCGCACCUGUCCGACUUGCACAUGCACAGGGCAAAGGCGACUAUGACCCAUAAGGUCAAGAACCAGUCGAACUAUUAUCAUUCUGCUCGGAACCUGGUAAGGGUGUCCGGCUCCGUUAUCCCGCGCAUCUCCAUCCCCACCCUUCUCGCAACCGCCUGGGCGACGGGCUGGACGGUGUUCCACAUCCUGUACCCGCACAAAUGGUUCAAAGACCUGAUCCCCAAAUCCAACCUGCUGAUCACCAUCGUCGGUGUCGUGAUGGGCCUGUUGCUAGUGUUUAGGAACAAUACCGCGUAUGACCGGUAUUGGGAGGGGAGGAGGCUUUUUAGUACCCUGGAGACUAAUGUCCGUAACAUGACCCGCUUCGUAUGGAUCGGCGUACCCGCCCGGGACGCCCACGAAGCGCUCGAGAAACGCGGGGCCAUGAACCUUCUCAUUGCGUUCAUGCACGCCACCAAGCACUACCUGCGAAGCGAGCUGGGCGUGCAUUAUGAUGACGUGCAGCCGUAUAUCAGCCACUUGCCGGAGUAUGCCCCAGAUGCGCCGGCGCCCCCGGAUAUGAAGAACUUGCCGGUGGAGAUUUCGUUGCAUCUCGGCGGCUUCAUCAACAAGAUUCGCCAACGCGAGCAAAUCGACGUCUCCCUCUACGGCUGCAUGAACAACGCCCUGAACGCCAUGAUGGACUGCCUGUCCGGGUUCGAGCGGAUCCGGGGCACCCCACUGCCCUUUGCUUACGGCGUGCAUUUGAAGCAGACGUUGGUGCUGUAUCUCCUCUCGUUGCCGUUUCAGUUGCUGGAUGCGUGCAAGUGGUCCACUAUCCCGAUGUGUGCUUUGGCGGCAUUUACGCUGCUGGGAUUGGAAGCCAUCGGAGGCGAGAUUGAGAACCCGUUCGGUUUUGACGCUAACGACCUCCCCAUCGACGAUAUCAGCUUCAUGAUCCACGAAGAGAUUCUCGGGAUCAUGGACAGGCCCGAUAAGCUCGAUACCGCCAAGUGGAGUCUGCCCUGGGAAGACCUUACAUCGACGAAAGCGGAAUUGAAUCCUGAGGCGUUGGCUGCGCUGAGGAAGGCUGGACAUUGAGAGUGAUGAAAAGGAAUUUGCCCGUCACAUAUCCCGGGGUUGUGUAUGGCAUUUCUUGCGGAGACUGACUUUGUGGCGUAACCCUGGAGGGACUAUUUUAUGGCGGAGGAUCGGGACUGGACGCAUUUGCAGCAUUGAUGUCGUCGUUCGUCUUUUCGUUUUAUAUGGCUCGCCAUGGACCCUUUGAGAUCUAGGAGGGAUUGCACUCUUCGGCUUCCUGGGUUUUGCGGGGGCUUAUAUGUUGUACAUAGUAUCGGAAUGCAUUCAAUCAGCACAUGCAGCGCCCCGCUUGCAUUCAUGUUAGUAGAUAUGCCGGCCUGCCGAAAUGCAUUGUAAGCGUCUUGGCGCGCGAAUGGCCAACGCGAUGACGCUCGGAUUUAAUGUGGCCGUCACAAGCCGCUCGCAACUGUCCAUCC